AUGGCGCAGGCCACGGCCACAGCCCUCGCCGCAUACGUGCCCGGCACCCGCGCCUGGUUCCCCGACAAGGAUCUAGGCUGGAUCAGUGCAACCCUCAUCAACAAGCCUGCCAUCACCUCCGCAACAGGCGAGGUGAGCAUGGAGUUUCAGCUCGAUGAGGCAGACGGAGUGAGGGUAGUCAAGUCCUCCUUGGAGAAGCUCAGGGGCAAGGGAGUAGAGCAGGAGCUCCCGCCGCUAAGAAACCCGCCUUUGCUAGAGGGUACAGAUGAUCUUACUAGCUUGAGCUACCUCAAUGAACCUGCUGUGCUGCACGCCAUCCUCAGCCGAUACUCGCAACGGUCCAUCUAUACCUACUCUGGAAUCGUGCUUAUCGCCGUCAAUCCUUUCUCAGCUCUGAACCUCUACGGACCUGAACUUAUCCAGUCCUACUCGGGCAAGAGGCGAGGAGAGCUGGAACCUCACCUGUUCGCUAUUGCAGAAGAUGCAUACAGGUGCAUGAUUCAAGAUGAAAAGGACCAGACAAUCGUAGUCAGUGGUGAAUCUGGCGCUGGAAAGACCGUCUCAGCAAAGUUCAUCAUGCGGUACUUUGCUACCGUCGAAGAUCCUAGUAGGCCAAGAAGCCGCAAAGCAGUAGGAGCCGCUCCCAAGGAGAAUGGAGGCAUGAACGAGACGGAGCGGCAGAUUUUGGCUACAAAUCCGAUCAUGGAGGCCUUUGGUAAUGCCAAGACGAUCAGGAAUGACAAUUCCUCGAGAUUCGGUAAAUACAUUGAGAUUCUCUUCGACAGCAACCACGACAUCGUGGGGGCGAAGAUCAGGACAUACCUCCUCGAGCGCUCGAGGCUUGUCUAUCAGCCCGAGAAUGAGCGGAACUACCACGUCUUCUAUCAAUUGUGUGCCGGAGCUCCUACGACCGAACGCAAAGAGCUCGGCCUGACAGACGCUUCAGACUUUGCAUAUCUGAAUCAAGGCAAGAGCAACACCAUUGCAGGAGUCGAUGAUGCAGAGGACUUCAAGGAAACUCAGAAGGCUCUCAGCACAGUCGGGCUUACUGUCGAGAAGCAGUGGUCUGUCUUCCGACUGCUGGCCGCUCUCCUCCACCUCGGUAAUGUUCAGAUUGGAGCGACUCGCUCCGAUGCCAUGCUUGCUCAGGACGAUGCCAACCUUCUCAUGGCUACGAAGUUGCUUGGCAUUGAUGUCAACGAGUUCCGGAAAUGGGCCGUCAAGAAGCAGAUUGUCACCAGAGGAGAAAAGAUUGUCUCGAAUCUCACACAGGCCCAGGCCAUCGUAGUGCGAGACUCGGUGGCCAAGUAUGUCUACUCUUCUCUGUUCGACUGGCUCGUCGACCAGCUCAACAGCUCUCUUGCUCUCGGAUCGACAGCGUCUCGCAAAUCGAUGAUCGGAGUGCUCGACAUCUACGGUUUCGAGCGAUUCAAGGUCAAUAGCUUUGAGCAGUUCUGCAUCAACUAUGCCAACGAGCGACUGCAGCAUGAGUUCAACCGCCACGUCUUCAAGCUGGAGCAAGACGAGUACAUUGCCGAAGAAAUCAACUGGACGUUCAUCAACUUCUCUGACAACCAGCCCACGAUCGACAUGAUUGAGAGCAGACUUGGUAUCCUGUCUCUGCUCGACGAAGAGUCACGCUUGCCAUCCGGCGCAGAUGCUAGUUUCCUGCAGAAGCUGUACACACAGAUGGAGAAGAAGCCUGAGUACAAGAACUCUUUCCAGAAGCCUCGCUUCGGCUCUUCUUCGUUCACAGUGUGCCAUUACGCUCUGGACGUCUCCUACGAAGCCGAGGGCUUCUUGGAGAAGAACCGAGAUGCCGUGCCAGAUGAGCACCUGGCUCUCCUCUCUGCUACUACAAACCCAUUCCUGAAGGAGGUCUUGGAGACUGCGACCCAGCUCGCACAGUCUGCCAAGGAGCAACCAGCGGGCCCAGGCGCUUCUGUUGGAGCUGACGGAGAGACCAAAGCAGUAGCACCUCGAAGGCCUAUGGGCGGUAUCGUGAAGAAGCCUACGCUAGGAUCACAAUUCAAGGCCAGCUUGGUCAGCCUCAUGGCCACGAUUGAUGCUACGAACGCUCACUACAUCCGCUGUAUCAAGCCCAAUGAAGCCAAGAAGGCUUGGGAAGUGGAGCCUCAGAAUGUCCUGGGUCAGCUGAGGGCCUGCGGUGUGCUCGAGACCAUCCGAAUCAGCACCGCUGGAUACCCUUCGCGAAGGACCUUUGCCGACUUCGCUGAGAGGUACUACAUGCUCGUGCCAUCUGCCCACUGGGACAUGACAUCUCUUGACAAGGCAAAGGAGCUGGCUGCCUACAUCCUCAAGACUACUAUCACCGAUGCCGACAAGUAUCAGGUCGGUCUCAACAAGAUCUUCUUCCGAGCCGGCAUUCUCGCUCACUUCGAGCAGCUCAGAGGCCAAAGGCUGAAGGUGCUGGUGGUGCUGAUCCAGAAGAACUUGAGGAGGAACGUCGAGAUGAAGAGGUACGGCAACCUCAAAGCUUCAACCGUCAAGAUCCAGUCCUGGUGGAGAAUGUGCGCGGCCCAGAAGCAAGUCGACAUCAUCAGGAAGGAGAGCGCUGCUACUCUUCUGCAGACUGGUAUCAGACGAUUGCUCGCCCAGCAGAAGCUCAAGGCGACAGUUGCUGCCAUUGUCCGUAUCCAGUCCCUUGUGCGAGGCAGAGCUCAGCGAGCCAACUUUGCCACGAGCCGGACGAGCUUCGCUGCUGUCACGCUGCAAAGUCUCUUCCGCGGUAUCCUCGUGCGACGGCAGUAUGCCCAGGAUCGCAAGGGAAUCGUGCUGUUGCAGUCGUGCUACAGGAGGAGGCUGGCAAAGAAGGAGCUGGUACACCUGCGCAAUGAAGCCAAGACGGCUUCUCACUACAAGCAGGUGACAUACAAGCUGGAGAACAAGGUCGUGGAGUUGACGCAGAACCUCCAGAAGCGGACAAAGGAGAACAAGGAUCUGGUAGCAAAGGUCAAGGCAUUGGAGAUUUCGCUGCAGGAGUGGCAAGGGAAGCACGACCAGAUCAGCACAAAGUCGAGGGAGUUGCAGACGCAGCUAGACCAGCCUUCGGUACCGCUGGCAGAAUUCGAGGCGAUGAUCGCUGCAAAGCAGGCAUUGGAAGAGCAACAUGACCAGUCUCUGAAGAAGGUUGAGGAACAUGAAAGUCGCAUUGCUGCUCUGGAAGAGGAAGUGAGAAGCAGUGCCGAGGAGCUGGAGGCGAGGGAGAGCGCUCUAGCAAAGCGGGACGGAGAGGACAGUACUACUGCUACCGCUCUCCGUGCGGAGAUUGCCAAGUUGAAGGAAGAUCUUCACCGAGCCUCAACGUUGGCGCAACUGAGCGGUAACGGCGAGGCUGUCAAUGGCAACAGUCACCGCAACACGGUCUCAAAGCCCACCAACCCGGACUUCCCGCAGUUGUACGACCUCACCAUGGGCAAAGAGCCACCUCAAUCUGCCACAGGGUCGCGUCGCGCCCAACGCCCGCGAUCAGCCGAGAUGGCUGGUGCAGGUGCUGUGAAGAAGGCUCAGGCUGCGGCUAACCGCCAUGUCUCGGUGAUGCCACCUCAGGCUCCGAUCGUCAAGGACGAAGAUGCUGUGGCAGAGGAGAUCGAGAACAUCCUUUUGGACGAAGCUCAGCUGGACGAAGAUCUACUCCAGGGAUUGAUUCAGCAACUACGCACACCUAUGGGCGAGAUUUCGCCAAAGGAGUGUCUCUUCCCUUCGCACUUGAUUGCGCUGGUUCUCAACGAGUACUGGCUGAGGAGCAUGAUCCGACCUUCGGAGCGCGUGCUGGCGAAUGUGAUGCAGACGAUCCAGGCGCACGUGAUGGCUUUGGACGGCGAUGAGCUGAUCACUCAGGCCAUCUACUGGAUCUCCAAUGUCCAUGAGCUCCUCUCCUUCGUCUCUGUUGCAGAGAGCGAUCUGCUCGCCGGUAUCGCGCCCGGUGAUAACGACUCGGCGUUUGGCGACUACGAGCGACUGAUCGUCCUGGCAAAGCACGAUCUCGAGUCACUGGAGUACAACAUCUAUCACACACUCAUUGACAACACCAAGAGGAGGCUGCACAAGAUGGUCGUUCCCGCCGUCAUCGAGUCUCAGUCACUGCCAGGCUUCGUCGAGAACUCUGGAGGUAGGCUGUUCAACAGGCUGAUGUCUACGACCAACACACCGGCCUACACAAUGGACGACGUCCUCGGUGUUCUCAACACCGUCUGGCGCGCGCUGAAGAUGUACUACCUGGAAGCCUCGGUGGUGCACCAGGUCAUCACUGAGCUCAUGCGUCUGAUCAACUCCACCGCCUUCAACGACGUGGUUCUUCGCCGUUCCUUCUGCAGUUGGAAGCGCGCAAUGCAGAUUCAGUACAAUGUGACACGCAUCGAAGAGUGGUGCAAAGCAAAGGGAAUCCCAGAGGCGAUGCUCCAGCUGGAGCAUCUGAGUCAGAGUGUCAAGCUCCUUCAACUCAAGAAGAGCACACUAGCGGACAUCGACAUCAUCUACGACGUCUCGUGGGUCCUGACACCUUCGCAGAUUCACAAGCUCAUAAGUCAGUACCAUACCGCCGAGUAUGAGAAUCCGAUCAGUCCAGAGAUCCUCAAGGCUGCCGCGGCAAGGGUUACGCCAAAUGACCGAAACGACCACUUGCUACUGCCGCCAGAGGUGGACGAGGCGGGUCCUUAUGAGCUGCCCUUGCCUAGAGAAGUCACGGGGAUCGAAACGUACAUUCCUGCUUUCAUUCAGGCGCCAAGUUUGAGAACGCUAGCCUCGUUGGUCACCUAG